AUGCUCAGCAUUAUCGCUCUUAUGCUUGCGACGCUUGCUCUGCUUUGUCGCCAUCGAAAGCGUGCGUACGCCCGACACACGGUUGGCUUCUUGCACGCAGCAGCAGGGGCGGGUGGGGGCGGUGAGCGUGUGCUGUGGGUCGCCUUGGAUGGACUGCAGCACGCAGAUGCGGUCAAAGGCGUUGAGCGGCAGUACGUAGUCUAUACAAACGAAUAUAAACCAGCAGACCGGUCGUCGACGGAGUCAUCUGAUCAGCACCUCCUUUCACUGAUCGAAAGUCAGUUUAGCAUUCGCCUUCUUCGACCUGUGCGCUUCAUCUACAUGCGUCCCGCCUUGACCCGGUGGCUCAGCGGUGACGCAUACCCACGUCUGACGUUGCUCUUGCAAACCUUCUGUGGCGGAGCGGCUCUCUUUUACGAGGUGGCGGUCGCAAAUGCGGUGACACCGAUAGUGGUGGAAACGGUUGGGGUCCCAUUUGUUUACCCUCUGCUUCGACUUCUCGCCGGGUGCACGGUGAUCUCCUACACGCAUUACCCCAUCAUCUCCUCCGCCAUGACCCAGCGCGUGCGUAGCGGAGAGGUGAGUCACACUAACUCGGUGACCGUGGCACAAAACAGGCUGCUGCGCUGCGCCAAGGUGGUCUACUACGAGAUGUUCACACUUCUGUAUCGCUGCAUGGGAUUUUUCCCGAACAUGGUCCUGACAAACUCAUCAUGGACACAGAGGCAUGUGCAAUCUCUUUUUUGGCCACGCACGUGCAUUCGACUGUACGCGCCAUGUGACGUCGCUCGCUUCGCCGCGGGGUCGCGGCCACCUGCGCUGCGCAACAACAGGAUUGUCAGUGUCGGUCAGUUCCGACCAGAGAAGAACCACGUGCUGCAGCUCGAGGCCUUUCAUGCAGCAGUGCCGCGGCUGCCGAGGGAUGCUAAGCUCGUUAUGAUCGGCGGUGCCCGCAACGCCGAUGACCGAAAACGUGUUGCGCAGCUGAACGCCCGUGCAAAAGAGCUGGGUGUCGAGAAGCAGGUCGAGAUACACGUGAAUGCGGCAGUGACAGAGGUGUGGACUGAGCUGGGGAGCUGCGUCAUCGGGCUUCACACGAUGCGUGACGAGCACUUUGGCAUUGUACUGCUCGAGUACCUUGCCGCCGGUUGCAUCCCUCUUGGACACCGGAGCGGUGGUGUCGAGCUUGACAUUAUCAACUCGCCAGAUUUGGGAUUUCUGGCCGUUACAGCGGAAGAGUACACAGCGGCCAUGAUUGAAAUCUGCGAAAUGCGGUUACACGACCCAGAGCGGUAUGUUCAGUUUCAACGACGUGGAAGCGAGCAUGUCAAGUCAUUUGACGACAGUAACUUUCGCACCCGCUUUGUGGAGCUGGUGAGCAAGUACGUCUACGCCUGCUAG